GCAGCAUCAAAGUGUGCAGUGGAUGUGGAUUGUGAAGCAAACCUUUUUCCGUAGUUUUUCAAUCUCGGUGGCCGUCGUCGGUGGCAAAAAAGCAUCAUCGAGAACGCUCUUGGUGCGCGGAGCCGAUCGGAUACAAGCCGGCGAAGGAUUUACAUUAUAGGACUAUUAAUAUAUAAUGGCACUGCUCAAUAAGCUGCUGUUCAACAAGAAACGAAGUGCAAACUCAUCGUCGUCGCAGAAGGCGAGUCCGGGACAGUUCCCGUUCAGUGCGGAUCAGGUGCGCAUUUUGCUGUUCAAAGAGUGCGAUCUUCGCGGUCGUAAGCUUCUGUUCGAUUCCAGUGCGGUCGAGAAGGUACCGGCGGACAGUGUGAGUGCCGCAACGAACGCUUCCGAUCACCACCCGGCCUCAAUCCCGCAGGUUCAGAAAUGUGAUCACUGCAACGUGGUAUACCGGGUACGGAAGCAAAACGAUGGGAUCAACAAGACGGAGGUUAAACAGUUCGAGGAGAUGAUCUUCGGGUCGGCACCGAUCGCCUUUCGCGGUAGUAGCUUCAAGGUGCACUGGAUGAAGGCGCCGAAAACGCUAAUGUGCUCCCUCGUUUUUCCCGCACCGAUGUACACCGGGUCGAAGAAAUCGUCCGUCUCGACCUAUCCCGGAUCGGACAGCCCCAUCGGAGUGCCGGUGGUCGGUGUGGGUGCCGGUACAGGAAAUGGCGAUUAUAACCCAUCCGUGAGCGAUCUCAGCUCGCUCGGGACGGGAUCGUUGCAUUCGUUCACGGUGUCUUCGUCCACCGCCACACAACAAGAUCCCUCCCUGCAGCAUCGCCUUAGACCGGUGCUUCCGGCCGAGUUCUGUAACUUUGACCGGUUCGCCGAUAUGCGCCACUCUUCCCACAGCGGUGUCGACUCGGGCUAUGGUGGGACGGAUCCGUGGGUUCAUUCGUCGGGCGCUUCCUACCGCCAUCCGGCGUCCUCGUCACACCGGAGCAGCCUGUCGUCGAUCUACAGCGACUUUGACUGCAUUCGGCGCAUGAGUGCCGACAACUUCAGCAUGGACAUUCCACCGCCGCUGAACUGUGUCAGUUUGGGUGACUGCCAGUCGUACGGAAGCUUCCACCGGCGGGUGUCAAAGAACCUUUCGACGUCGUUCGAGAAUCGCCAUACGAUCGCCGAUCACGUGGGCCACCUGGAUGAGUUAGGGCCUAUGCUGGCGGUGGCGGCGUCGGCGGCUGGUCAGACGAAUGUUACUGCCAGCGAUGGGUGCGUUGUGACACGCAACCGUCGUAACAGCGAAACUAUGGAACUUGCUCGGCGGAAAGCGAUCAGCGGGGACUUUUUGUCGACGGCCACCAACUAUCAGGGGAAAGCGCCAAGCAAAAAGCAGCGCCUAGGGGUGGCGGUUUGCAUCAAACUCAACGAUGCGAUGCUGCAGGACACGGACACGUUUUGCUCGGAGCACAUGACCGUGUUCGAGACGAUCCUGUGCCGGGUGCGGGUUGCUGUCGAAAAGGCAUACAUUCGCUGGAAACUGUUCCUACAGAUUAUGCUCGGGGCUUGGCACUGCGCACAGCAAUGGCUAGGUGAUCUCUUUACAGCCCCGCGCCUCAACAACCCAGUCUGGUUAACGCUCAGCAGUAGUACGCUGACUGAUCGCAACCUGGCUACGGUGGCCGGCACGUUUAUGAGUGAUCUAUGUUCGCUUCUAUCGUUAGCCGAUACGAAGGACACGAACUUUUUCAUCAGUACGAUGAUUACGGCCGUACUGACGCACCAUCUCGGUUGGGUGGGAACGAUUGCCGCGAUGACGACCAGCGAUGAUACGUCCGCGACCAGCAAGCUGGACCUAAUACGGCGCGAAAAGACGCGCAUGACGGAAAUAACAGCCAACCAUCCGUAUAGUGUGCUGUGGGCGCAGCUAGGCGAUCUGUACGGUGCCGUGGGCUACCCGACGAAACUCUCAAAAACCAUCAUCUGCGGCAGUGGCCAGCUCCGGAACAUGAUGGACAAAAUACUGAACGUGCUGUCGUACUUCAUCCGCUGUUCGGAAAUCAAGCGCACCGUGUACGUGGAAGCGUUCGAUGAGGACAACAUUCGGACAGCGUUUGUAACGCAGCAACUGGUGGCCAACGUCACCAGUCCGGAAGAGGAUCAUCUACAAUCCGUUGCAAAUGAAAUAUCAUCAGCGGGGCCAUCUGGUGGAAACUUACUUCCUUCACCGAAACUAUCACGUGUAGCUUCCAGCGGGUUAGUUCGAUCGGCAACGCGGAUGAAGAAUCUGGCCACACUCGGCGAUGGAACAGGAGCAGACGAUGCUCAGGAGCAACGGGAUGGCAAGGAGGCCGAAGCCGCCCAAGGUGGCAAUGAAGAGGUACAAAAAGCGCUCAAGAAAAACGUUAUGAACGACAUUCCAAACGUGCUCGUGUACCGUGAUUCGCGCUUCGUCCGCCAGGAGCUUCGGAUCGGAAACAAGAGCAUGGAUACCGGGAUCGUGAUGAACGAUCGCGAGAAACAGUAUCUCGAGGCACACUAUCAGAUCGGAAAGACGGGUGCCCUGCAGGCGGCCCAGGUGGCAGUUCUUUUACAGCAACAACACCAGCGACAAUCUCCACCGGCUGAGCUCGCGCAGGAAGCACUAGCCCUGGAAGAACACCCCGCCGAAGAUGACAAAGAGCAAGCUCGAGAAUCGGUUCACUUGUCGUAUCUCAUCACCGAAAACAGUUUGGGUCAAUCCCAACCGGAAGGUGAACCACAGCAGCGGCUAAUCUGGGGUUUGGAGAAAACAAAGGAAGGGAUCGUUUUCGAGCAGUUGAAGUACAUCCACUGUCUACGUGGGGAUUUUAAUCUGCUGAAGGGCUCAACCCACACCGAACAGGAACAAGUGAGUCCGAAAGAGGACAGCAAAGAUGAAGUAGUGUUUGUGCUCGGGGACAACGAUCGACUAAAAGAUAUCCACCGGAAAGGAGCGUCAGGAGCGACAAAGGAGCAACCAUUACAACACGUAGCUGCUCCGCUGAAGUACUGCUGCCAUCAGAAGCUGAACCGGUUCGAUAAGUACCGUCAGAUAGCGGCCAACUUUCUCAAAAGUCGCAACCUUCCAGACUACCAUCUGCUGGAACGCAGCAAGCCGAAGGAUGCUUCGGCACCGAAGACCGUUACCGCAACCUCCGGGCUAGUCGUGGAUCAGGAUGAAUGUGCCACAUGCCGUCAGAUACCGUCCAUGUUUUGCCUGCAAACACCAACGAACGCUUCGGAAACGGAGUUUGUUAGGGAAGUUUCUGAAGCCACCUUUCGCUACCUGGCCGAUGUCGGACUACCGGAAGCGGGCGAUGACCCGAACAAAUGCGAUGAGAAUGAUAGCUUUCCGUCGUGGCCCGAACACAACAUUCCUCAGAUUGUGUUUUCGUCCCAUAUGGCCACGUUGGAUGAGAACGAUGAACUGAAGGUGAAACAUCCGGGCAGCAUCCUGAAGCUGAUUGACAUACCUUUUCCCAAGGGCUUACGAGCCACCGGGAAUGAUGAGAACAACAACAGCGGCGGCAGUAGAGGAAGCAGUGGUGCAAGCAGUGGCGUAACAAACGCUUCACCAUCAAGCCACUUAUUGGAAACGGCUGGAAUGGGAAGUGGGCGGGAGAGUGACAAGACUGACAAGGGACAGGGACUGCGUUGCUAUCGAACUACCGGAUUUAUGCCGUCAUUGUUCAGCCGUAUUACCGACCAUUACAUGCCGGAUAUGGUGCUGCAAGCGACAACAGCACCGCCUUCGAGCUGGGAAGUGACCUUGAAGCGCGAUCUGAAUUUGGCGGCCAGGUUUACGCUGCUCGAGCAGCACCUAACCGAGAACAACGCCAUCAUCGCCAAUCUGGACAAGCACGAGGUGCGUUUGCUCUCGUCCCAAUCGCUAGUGGAUGGCUACACCGUCGGGAUGUCCCAGCUGGUGUCCUCGAUGCUGGAAGCCGUUAGCGCAAUGUGGACGGCGGGUAUUUCGGCCUAUCAGUGUAUGGCGUUUAUCGAAUCGAAACUGCGCGAACUGUACCUGCAGUCGGAAACGAUCGCCAGCAUCAUGCUGGCAACGGACUUUUGCACGACGAGCUCCAUCACCGGAGCGAUGGACAUCACGGCCAACGAUAUGGAUCUGCUGCUCUCGGUCGCUUCCGUUCACACGCCGGAGGUCACCAAGCGGUAUCGGGUGUUGAUGCGUUAGCGUUACCGCGCAAGACUUCGUCGUAAGCGAGCCUUACCUUCGCUACUUGAGCUUGAGAUUUGUGAAAAAUUUGAUUGUGAUAUUAGAAUAAGGGUUUACUGGAC